AUGAAGGACUUUUCCAUAAGCAGUGGGCUGCUUCUCCUCUCAGCCCUGGCCCCCGCUAGUCUGGCAGCGACUAUUGCUCUUCCGGCUGCCGGUGCUCCCAGUGUUUCGAUCGCCACCGUGACUUCGACCUAUUCCACCACUGUCACCAAUGUUGUCACCACCUCUUCGGCAGUGGUCACCACCAGUGUUGUCUGUGCCACUGGUACGGCCUCUCUAGGAUCCGGCUCUUCAUGCACCAAUUAUGCUUGGUCCUCUGCCGGUACUUACUAUCGUGAGAUGUGUGACGGCUCCUCCAUCAGUGGAGCAGUCACCCGAGCCGUGAUGAACGUUUACAGUCGCCAGGCAAAUAUCAACGGCUGUGAACUGUAUUGUCGUAUCUUUAAUGGCAUGUGUAAUGCCGUCAAUUACUACCCAGCGUCGAGCAGUUGUCAGUAUUUGUGGGCCACGGGCGAUGCAGUGGUCUCUGCCUCGGGCUAUCAGGCGCUCAGUACUUACUCCACCAACCCAUGCACAGAGACGGUCACGGCCAUGGAGACCGACUAUUUGACCGAGUAUGUGACCAGCCAGGCCACUACCGUCUAUACGGUGACGGUGACGGUCCCGACCAGUUCGGCUACAUCGACCGUCAUUUCGUCCACUCCUUCUCCGGUGUCCUCGACUGUCACUCCAACGGCUGUGGUGCCAUCGAGUGUAGCGUCGGCCUCAUCCGUGGUUCCUUCAUCGAUUGUCAUCCCUUCGUCCGUUUCUACGACGCCUUCAGCUUCUUCCGCUCCUUCUUCAGUUCCUUCUUCCGCUCCUUCUUCCGCUCCUUCUUCAGCUCCUUCUUCCGCUCCUUCUUCCGCUCCUUCUUCCGCUCCUUCUUCAGCUCCUUCUUCCGCUGCUUCUUCCGCUCCUUCUUCCGCUCCUUCUUCCGCUCCUUCUUCAGUUCCUUCUUCCGCUCCUUCUUCAAUCCCCUCAUCGAUCCGACCAUCGUUUCCCUCAUCUAUUGCCUCCUCCAUCCCAGCUGCCGCUCCUUCACUCUCCCGCUCCACGCCCGUCGUGGCUCCCAGCCCUAGUGCUGGCUCCUCUUCCCUCCCCUCUCAGCAACUCAGCUCGCCGUCACCCCUGACCCAGUCGUCCUCCGCCCUUACCCCGCAGCAGUCAUUGUCCGCUCCCUCGCAGCCCGCGCGGGUCUCUUCUUCUGCAGUGAUCCCGGCCCCUGUCCAGUCCUCUAGCAGCGCUCCCUUCUCCACUCCAUCCGCAAGCCCCACUCAACCCUCACUGAUCCCGUCGGCCGCGUCGAGCUCCUCCGCCGCUGUGGUCUCUCCCCACACCACCGAGCCCCCGACUGCUUCCGGGGAGGGCGACGAGGACGUGGUGACAUCGACUGUCUUGGCUACAGUUACGGUCACGGUCUUGUCUGACUGUGAUCAGGAAAGGGUUUAUUGA